AUGAAAAAGAGAAAUCCUAAUUUGUGCUAAAAUUGCAAAUGCUCUACCAAAGCAAAAUCUAAUAACUUAUAAGCAUCGAGGAGAGCUUGUGAUUGCGAGUCAAAGUCCUCAAAACUUAGCAAAAGCAACAAUUCUAGAUACUCUGAUAAGUCAAACUCACAAACAAGAAAUAUUAGAUAGAAUUCAUAGAACAGAGCUAAUUCACUUAAUAAUCCUAACAUUUUUACUACUUAUGAAUAAAGAUCCCCUAGAAUUAUUAUGGAAACCUCUUCUGGACUAACAAAUUUGAGAAUUGGUGGAGGGGAAUUCCCAAAUAUAUAGAGUGCUAGAAAUCCUUCCUCAUAAACAUUCUUUUCAAAUGACAAUAUAAAUAUGCAUUUAUAGCCUACGAUACUUUAACCUUCAGCUACAUUAAAUUCUUAGCAUUAUGCAAGCAUCAAUUCUCAAAUGGGAUAUGGAACUCCUUAUUAAAUGUAUAAUACCUCCUCACCAUUUAGAUAGUAAACUCAAAAUGAGAAUCUAUACCAGGGUUAAAUAAGAUCUUUUUCCCCAGCUUAAAAAGAAAGUACAUUAACUCCAUCUAAAUAGAUACUUUCUCAUUAUGAUAGAAUAGUUUAGGAAUUUGAACUUUAUUCUAGAUAGAGAGCCUUAAAUUUAAGAGAAGGUCUCAGCAAAAUAAUAGAUGGCCUUAAAACUGAUGAAAUUAUAGCUGCAAUGAGGGAAGACCCAUUAUCAUAAAAUUAUGCCUUCCAAAGAAUGAAAGAAAUCAUUGAUAAUGCUCUGCUUUCAGAAAGUGAGCAAAUAGUUGCCAAUCUCAGAAGUGAAAAUGUUCUCUUAAGAGAAAAAAUUCUCAUUCUUGAGGCUGAUGGCUAAAAGAGGAUAAGUAUUGAUUAGGAGAAAAUCGACAAGAAAUUCAAAACUAUAUAGUCGAGAAAGAAUCAUUACAAGCUGUAACUUAAGCAAUCUUAAACUUAAAUUACCUAACUUUUAGACAAGUUUAAGGAUAUGGAAUUAGAGGCACAGAAACAGUUAAAUGAAUUUGACUAUAAACUUGCACAAAAAGACGGAGAACUUGCCAGAUGUGAGAAGGUUUUAUCAGAAGUAAGAGCAAUGCUCAGUGAAAAAACAAUGAAUCAAAAUCGACUUGAAAAUAACCUUAGUAAUGAGGUUACAGUAUUGAGUGAUAGGAUAAUGAGCUUGGAAAGAGAAAGAAAUGAAAUCAUAGAUAAGUACUAGAAAUAUGGUGAUGAAUUCAAGCAACUCAUGACUCAAGAGUAAAAUCUUACCUCUCAAAAGGUUUGCAAAUAUAAAGAAAAGAUCAAGGAGUUAAAAGAAUCGAAUGAUCGACUCUUGAACAUUCAAAGAGAACUUGAAACACAAACUAGAAGUUAUGUUAAAGAAAUAGAUGAUCAAAGAGUUAGAAUAGAUGAGUUAGUCAAAUAAACUCAGGAAAAAGGCUAUAAACUGAAAGAUGUGGAAGAAAAAUAAAUAAUAUAAGAAAAAGAUUUAUCAAGUCAGCUUAGAGAGAUGAAGUAAAAGUACAAAGCUCAGAUCUAGUAACUUUAAGCAUAAUUUGAGAAGGCUUUGCAAGACAAGUGCCACUAAGUAGAAAAUGAAGCAAGAGAUAAAGUAAUUGCUCUUGAAAAUGAAAAGAAAGAGAUGGAAUUAAGAUUCUUAAACUUACAAUAAACUGUUGAAAGACAUUAAGAAGAAGAUUAGCAAACGCAGAUAGUCUAGUCAAAACAAAUGGAGAAAAAACUUGAAAAAAUCUCCUAGAAAUUUGAAAAAGAGAUUGCUAUAAAACUUGCAGAAGCUGAGGAGUAGUUUAAGGAACUCGAGUCAAAACUCAAGAAAGAUCAUAAAAAUGAAAAGAAGGCCAUAAUUGCAGAACAAGAAUUUAUUCAAUAGUAAAAUCAAGAGGAAAUUCUACAAUUAUAGGAAAGAUAUGAAGGUGAAUUCAGAGAAAUGAGUUAUAAACUAAGAGAGGAAAUAGACAUUUUACAAAAAACCACUCAAGAGCAAAGAAUCAAAAUAGCUGAGCUAACUAUAUUAGUGGACACUAGCAAGGCUGAGGCUGAGAGAUAGACAAAAGAAUGUGAAAAAGUUUAAGCUGACUUCAAGGAGACAGUAACUAUUUAUAAACAAGACAUCAAGAUACUUGAAGAUAAACUUUAAUAUAAGAUCCAAGAGAAUGAUGAUAGAGUUAAAAAUGCUUUAGAUUCAGCCAUGAAAAACCAAAAUCUUGAACAAAUAGCAUCUUAAUACGCUCACGAGCUAGAUAAGAAGCAGCAAGAAAUAUCGAAUCAAAGAGAUGCCUACACAAGGCUUAACAAUAAAUACGAGAAAAUUAUUGAGGAUAAUAAGUUAACUUAGGGAGAAGUAGUGUAGAUUAAAUAGAUCAUAAAUGAAAAGGAUUUUAAGAUUAGUAGAUUAUAAAAUCUUAAUAAGGAAACCUUAUCAAAAGUCAUGCAGUUAGUUAAAUUAUAAUCGAAUAAAUUCAAGUCAGAAGUCGAUUUCUUAAAAAGACAUUUCAAGUCAGAACUUGAAAUGAAUAAGAAGCAAACUGAGUCUUAACUGCUAGCUAUAAUAAGCAAGGCUAGAGAGAUCUCCUAUACUUGGAAGUUCAAACUAGAGAAGCUAUAGUAUCACUAUGAAUAGAAAUUCUAAAAAGAGUUCAAUGCUCGUGAGAUUGAGUGGGAAAAAGUUUGGGAAAAACGUGAAGAUGUGAUUGCUUCGAAGGAGAAGACUAUUAAAGAUUUAGAAGGAGAAAAGAUUAUCAAUCGAGAGACAAUUGCAAGAUUGGAAAUAGAGCUUAAUAACUACAAAGCGUAGCUGAAGUAAACAUAAAAGGAUUUAACAAAGUAAUAUGAAGAGGUAAAGCAAAAACUAGUCAUCAACGAAUAGAAAUAAGUUGAGCUUUAGCAAUCUUACAAAAGAUAAGAAGAAUAGUUGGUAUCCUAAUAGAGAUAGCAAUUGCAUGAAGUCAAAGCUCAGUUGUAGUAAAAGGCAUCUGAGGAAUUAAGAAAACUUGAGGUUUAAAUGAGUGAAUACAGAGAGAGAAACAAGCAAAAGGUGGCUGACUUGGCCUAGCACAUUCAAGAUAAUUAAAAUAAGCAUAGAUAAGAGAUGAUCUCCCUCAAGCAAAUCUAUGAGGAAAAGAUCAAGGUGCUAGAAAUUGACAACGAUGGCAAGUAAAGGUCACUUUAUGAGAUCCAGAACUAACUUAACAUGCUGAGUGUUAAGCAUGAGCAAUUUGUCCGAGACAAUGAUACACUUGAGAAGCAGGUGCUGACUCUAUCUCAAAGUGAAAGAUCCUACUUAGAACAGUUGACUCAAAUUAAAACAAGUCAUGAAAAACUAUAACAUGAAAGAGAUGAUUUAUCCAAAACGAAGACAAUUCUUGAGAAAGAAUUGCACGAAUUAGAUACUUCUAAUAGAACUCUCUAAUUGCAGAUUUACCAAGCUGAGAAGAAACUAUUGCAGCAAAAGAAAGAUCUUAAAUCUAAAAUGAGAAAACUGCAUCAAUCGAAGUAGAGGGAGAUCUAGGAAGUAUAGUUCCUUAAUGAUAUUCUAACGAAUAAUGUGUCUUCUGCAAGUAAAAUGAACAGAAAGGCAUCAAUAGCUUCUCCUGACUUCAAAAGAGAUUUGAACAGGAAUUCCUCUGGGUAUACUCCUAUUUAUAAUACUCAUAGAGGUGAAGUGCAUAGAAUGAACCAUAGCUAAGCUGGCUAUGGAGCUAUUCUGUCUGAGAUUAAUAACAUGAUAGAUCAAAACCAGCUUAGACUAUCAGGCACUAAAAGCCAAGCCUACUUGAGAGAUUCAAGUUCAAAAGUUAGAGUUGCUAAAAUCCUAAACUCUCCAUCUGUUAAUCAACUUAACCCCUCAAUGACUUUUUAUCAUAAAGGCAUUAUGAAAUCACCAUCUAGCAAGAGUUCAACCACCACAGAGAACACUCAUGCUAAUAUGAGAAUCUCAGACCUUAAGCAAUAAUGA